AUGAGAGCCGAACAAGGCCAUCAAUUCCCCCCUAUCCCCCUCCACAACCCUUUCCGUUCCAAUGCCCCUUUACAGAGACUCCUACUCCGUCUACUGGGUGAAUCACCUCAUUUGGAGACCAUCUUCAACAACUUGGACCUCUUGGCGGAUCGAUGUAUCGGAGAGCAUGCCCUAUCUGCCAACAAAUUGAAGGGAGUGGAAGAUGAACCUAGGUUGAUCCAAUAUGAUGCUUGGGGGAGGAGGAUCGAUGAGUUGAGGACGGGGGAAGGGUGGAGAGAAUUGAAGGCGGCUACGGCAAAGGAAGGGAUCGUUGCGGAGAGUUACCCUCUUCAGAAGGGAGAUCAUUCCACUUCUCCUUCUUCGCAACAGCAACGUCCCAAGGGAUACUUGGGAAGAGACCAAUUAGGAGCAGAUGCAAGGAUCUACGCCUUUGUCAAGAUCUUCAUGUUCGGUCCCUUUUCCAAAUUGGUCCUCUGUCCCAUCUCCAUGACGGAUGGAGCCGCUCGCGUCUUGGAACUGGCUGGAACACCGGAUCAGAAACGAAUUAUCUCUCUACUGACCCAUGCCGAUCCGACAAAAGCUUGGACGGCAGGGCAAUGGAUGACGGAAAGACCUGGUGGAUCGGAUAUCAGUCGAACGGAGACUACGGCUCGACCUGUGGCGCAACGUAGCGAUGGCAACUAUCGAUCUGGAGAUUCCUUCUUACUGGACGGAUUCAAAUGGUUCUCCAGCGCAACCGAUGGAGAUAUCGCCCUAGCUCUGGCCAGGACCGAUGCAGACUUCUCCAAAGGAUCUCGUGGUCUAUCCCUCUUCCUCUUGAAGGUUCGAGAUCCUCAGACGGGGAAAUUGAAUGGCAUCCGAGUGCAUCGAUUGAAGCAGAAGUUGGGUACCAAGUACCUCCCCACGGCUGAAUUGGAAUUGGACUCCUGUCAAGCCGAAUUGGUAGGGACGUUGGGUCAAGGUGUAAAGAUCAUCUCUUCCGUCUUGAACGUCACUCGACUCUAUUCCGCCGCAGGAGGCGUCUUCACCUUGACCCAUGGUCUACGUCAAUCUGCCAGCUUCAGUCUGACCAGACAAGUCGGUCAGAAGCAACUCUCGGAAUACCCUCUGCAUACGCAGUCCUUGUUUCGAUUAACCGUGUUACAGAGGGCGUUGCAACAACUCUUCUUCUUCAACUCGGGACUAUUGGGCAAAUCCGAAGCGCAGACGGCCAACAAGAGGGAUCUCACUCUGCUUCGUCUCUACACGCCAGCUCUGAAAGCCUACACGGCCAUUCGAGCUUCCGAAAGUACCUUGAGCCUGUUGGAUUCCUUUGGAGGGCAAGGAUACAUGGAAGAUUCGGGAUUGGGCAUCGCGGAAUCCUUGAGAGAUUUGGCAGUGGAGAGGGUCUGGGAAGGGACCAUCGAGGUUUUGGGGAUGGAUGUCGUCAGGGUGGUGAUGCAAUCGAAAGGGGAAGCUCUCUUCGUCUUGGUCUCCGAUCUCAGAGAGAGGCUCUCUCACCUGAUGCAAGGUGACAACGAAGGGGAGAGUGACGUCGUCACUCUCCUACAGGGUGGCGUCGACGAGUUGGAACGAAGUAGCAAGAUCCUCCUCAAGACCUUUACGGAUCGUAACUUGGCAGGCAGUCUAGACUAUCGAUUUGCCGCUCCCCUCUUGGAACUCAUGAUGAUCCUCAAUGGUGGGGCGUUGCUUCUGGAACAAGCCGGUUGGACGAGAAAGCAACUCAAGAGUCAACAAAAAGCUAGUCCAUUGGUCCCUCUGACGGAGGAUAUUGCCCUGGAGGAAGCCCACAUCGCUCGCACGUGGGUCAUGGAGGAAGGAGAAUUGGCACAGACGUUGACCAAGUUCAAGACUACGGUUGAGGAGAGGGCUCGAGGAGGAGCUGUCAAAGACACUUCGUUGGACCUACAGCAUCGCAUCGUCUUUACCGAAGUGUUGGAUCAAGCUAGGCAAGCGAAGUUGUAG